GCCUGCGGUCGGUUGAGCCUAGUUGUGUCGUUGCUCUCUUGUGCCUCGGACCUGUGGGGUGGCGCUCCCGGUCUCUGCGGUUCUGACCUAUUAGCCCCGCUGCGCUGCUGGCAGGAUGGCCCACAAGCAGAUAUACUACUCGGACAAAUACUUCGAUGAGCAUUAUGAGUACCGGCACGUCAUGUUACCCAGAGAACUUUCCAAACAAGUACCCAAAACCCAUCUAAUGUCUGAAGAGGAGUGGAGGAGACUUGGUGUUCAACAGAGUCUGGGCUGGGUGCAUUACAUGAUUCAUGAACCAGAACCGCAUAUUCUUCUCUUUAGACGACCUCUCCCAAAAGAUCAACAAAAAUGAAGAGUAUCUGGGGAUCGCCAAUUAAAUCCUUUUCAAAUUUAAUGUAUAUGUGUAUAUAUGGUAGUAUUCAGUGAAUACUUGAAAAAUGUACAAAUCCUUCAUCCAUACCUGUGCAUGAGCUGUAUUCUUCACAGCAACAGAGCUCAGUUAAAUGCAACUGCAAGUAGGUUACUGUACGGUGUCUCAGAUAAAAAUUCUUCCAGUCAGUUUUUCUCUUAAUAUAAGUGCCUGUUUGACUUUUACCUGUUACUUUUGUUUAAUAAAGUUUCUAUGUUGCAUUUA